CUCAUAAAAUAAAAAGCCUCAAACUCAACACUCAGGGCUUUAACAAAAAUAAACGCACCGCAACGCAAAAACCCUAAACCCUAGAACUCUCCUUCAAACCCCUUCUCUCUCUCUCUCUCUCACAGAGGCGAUCAAGUUAUGGCCACCGCCGCCUUGCUCCGCUCUCUGCGACGUCGUGACGUCGCCUCCGCCUCUUUCUCCACCUACCGAUCUUUAACUAGCAAUGUUAAGCCAUCAUGGGCUCCCUCGCAACUGGGUCAGAGCUGGUCAAGUUUGACCAGAGCAUUCAGUUCUAAGCCUGCUGGGAAUGAUGUUAUUGGUAUUGACUUGGGUACGACCAACUCAUGUGUUGCUGUUAUGGAGGGAAAGAAUCCCAAAGUUAUUGAAAACUCUGAGGGAGCUCGGACCACACCAUCAGUGGUUGCCUUCAACCAGAAAGGAGAACUACUUGUUGGUACUCCGGCAAAACGUCAGGCUGUAACAAACCCCACAAACACCCUUUUUGGAACCAAGCGUCUAAUUGGCAGACGCUUUGAUGAUCCUCAAACACAGAAAGAAAUGAAGAUGGUUCCAUUCAAGAUAGUCAAGGCUCCAAACGGAGAUGCAUGGGUUGAAGCCAAUGGACAACAGUAUUCCCCAAGCCAAGUUGGGGCUUUUGUCUUGACUAAGAUGAAAGAAACGGCAGAGGCUUAUCUUGGAAAGUCAGUUUCAAAAGCUGUGAUCACUGUUCCAGCGUAUUUCAAUGAUGCUCAGAGACAGGCGACAAAAGAUGCUGGUAGAAUUGCAGGCCUUGAUGUACAGAGAAUUAUCAAUGAGCCUACUGCUGCUGCACUUUCCUAUGGAAUGAACAAUAAGGAGGGUCUCAUAGCAGUUUUUGAUCUUGGAGGUGGAACAUUCGAUGUUUCCAUUCUAGAGAUCUCUAAUGGUGUUUUUGAGGUGAAAGCAACAAAUGGAGACACCUUCUUGGGAGGAGAGGAUUUUGACAAUACCUUGUUGGACUUCUUGGUGAGUGAGUUCAAGAGAACCGAGGGGAUUGACCUUUCCAAAGACAGGCUUGCCUUGCAGAGGCUUCGUGAAGCAGCUGAGAAGGCUAAAAUAGAGCUCUCAUCCACCACUCAAACUGAUAUCAACCUGCCCUUCAUCACUGCUGAUUCUUCUGGUGCAAAACAUCUGAAUAUCACACUGACAAGAUCAAAAUUCGAAACCCUGGUGAAUGAUUUGAUCGAGAGGACUAGAGGCCCAUGUAAGAACUGUUUGAAGGAUGCCAACAUAACUGCAAAGGAGGUGGAUGAGGUACUUCUGGUUGGAGGGAUGACCCGUGUUCCAAAAGUACAGGGUGUUGUUUCAGAGAUUUUUGGAAAGACCCCAAGCAAAGGAGUAAAUCCUGAUGAAGCAGUUGCUAUGGGAGCUGCUAUCCAGGGUGGUAUUCUACGUGGUGAUGUCAAAGAAUUGCUUCUCUUGGAUGUCACGCCAUUGUCUCUUGGCAUUGAGACACUGGGUGGUAUAUUCACCAGGCUGAUCAACCGAAACACGACCAUUCCUACAAAGAAGAGUCAGGUGUUCUCUACAGCAGCUGACAACCAAACUCAGGUGGGUAUCAAGGUACUGCAAGGGGAGCGUGAAAUGGCUUCUGACAACAAGCUUCUUGGAGAGUUUGAGCUUAUGGGCCUUCCACCAGCCCCCAGAGGCAUGCCUCAGAUUGAAGUCACAUUUGACAUUGAUGCCAAUGGGAUUGUGACUGUCUCUGCCAAAGACAAGACCACUGGCAAGGAACAACAGAUUACCAUCCGUUCAUCUGGAGGGCUCUCUGAUGAUGAAAUUGAGAAGAUGGUUAAGGAAGCUGAGUUGCAUGCUUUGAAGGAUCAAGAAAGAAAAGCUCUGAUUGAUAUCAAAAACAGUGCAGAUACCACCAUCUACAGUGUUGAGAAAAGCUUGAAUGAGUACAAGGAUAAGAUUCCUGCUGAGGUUGCAAAAGAGAUUGAGGAUGCAAUUGCAGAUUUGAGGACGGCAACAGCUGGGGACAACAUUGACGAAAUUAAGGCAAAGGUUGAUGCUGCAAACAAAGCCGUAUCGAAGAUAGGGCAGCACAUGCAAGGUGGUUCUGGUGGUGGCUCGUCUUCUGGAGGUUCUCAGGGUGGUGACCAAGCUCCUGAGGCAGAAUAUGAAGAGGUGAAGAAGUGAGUGCUGAAGUUGUUAUUUGCGAUAGUUUCUUUUGAGUGGCUCUUUAUCACCAAAACUAAGAUGGAUAUCUUAUUCUUCAUUUGCUCUUUAGGACAUAAAAAGUUUCUAGCGGUUUUUGUAUCUAAAUGUGGGAGGUUGAAUGUCUUAGGAAGCCUUACUUUAUUUGGGCACAUGUAUGUGCACUUUUAAUACGUUGUUAACGAAAAUUUUUGCAGCGGCAGAAUUCUUGUUCAUUGCUAGUUAUGUGAUAUACAGCUUGGGACGUCUUGGCCUAAGAACCAAACUUAUUGUCCCGGGUUUCAAAUUUUCAAUAAAUUUAGAUGUUCUUAUCUACA